GUGAUAUCACACAACAUCAACUUCGAUUAACUAUCAUGGCCUGAAGUUGACUAUGAAGUCCUAAUCACAUGGAUCAGCACUCUAUCAAGCCAUUGUACACAAAAUAUCGAUCAAAGUUUAAAGAACGAUUCUGUGAAUGGGAAAUCCUCUUAUGUGAUAGAUGGUCUGAAAGUAUUCACCGAGUAUAACAUCACACUUUGCAUAAAUGGCUCUAUCUGUACUUUCAAGACUGUAGUGACUAAUGCAACUGCACCAUCUGCAUCUCCAAAAGGAAUGUCAUGGGAAGGAAGUUCAUCGACAACCAUCACUAUAAAAUGGGGUCCUGUGCCAUGUGCUGAUCGCAAUGGAAAUAUCACUAGUUAUGUGGUGAUGUUCAGAGAAAAUGGGACGGAAAUGUUCCAUAAUGAAACUACUACUGGAGUGAUAUGGAGUUCACUAUCACUGGUGACAACCACUGAAGCAUCUCCUCCUACCACAGCAGACACUAGAGAAGGUGGCAGUAAUGUUGGUGGAGUAGUGGCUGGUGUGAUAGUGUCUGUUCUGUUUCUUAUUGGAGCUACUCUGGGCAUCAUUGCUGCUAUCUGGCUAAUGAGAAGGAAAAAGUCAACUAUGAAGGGUCUUUUCUCAAUGGGUCACUUUAAAGUCACGCGCAAACAAGCACCUUGCCACACUCUAGAGAUACACAAGACAUUUCUCUGGACCAGCUUUCCACUGGAGAGAGUCUGGCAGGUGGAGAGCUAUCCUCUGAGAAAGAUGAAGUCAAAACACACUUUCAGUCUCACUCUGACAGUCCCUCACAACAGCCAGCUACAGUACAAGCUAUACCCUACCUCUCCUAUCUAGCUGAUGAGGAGGAGG